GUUUCGGGUUCUUCCUCAUCACCUAUUUCGGGAAUGGUGGUUUAGUGUAGAAAAUGAUGCCUCAACAAUUGUUUCAUUUCCUUAGGCUAUCCGCAUUGCAAAGAGUCAAACUCCCAAAUGUAAAGUUUUGACUCCACAAUUAGCUGCAACCCAAGCAAGAUUUUGUUCCACAGAAAACAAAUUAUGGUAGUCAAGGAAGAGGUAAAAGGGAAGAAAAACUUGAAAAUGGCAAGGUCUCUUUCGGGUAUAGGAAUCCAAGCUCAUUUUCAUUUUCAUUUACCCCAGUGCCGCAAAGGCUCCCAUCUACGGUGGGGUAAGGGGGUCGGAUGUACGCAGUCUUACCUUUGUACUAAAACACAGAGAGAUUGUUUCCGGAUGACCCAUAGUGAAAAUCGCGUCCAAAAUUGCAUGGACUGACUGUUGCUCCAUAACAAAGAAGCGCAGACAGUUUAGUGAGCCAUUUUGCUUUAUUCCAUUAUAAUCUCAGGCCAAAAAAUAAUGAAUCUUUGGUUAGUGAAUCUUUGGAAUCCAAGCUAUUGUAGAAAAAUUCAAAGUGAACGUUGCAGAAGAGGCUAUGGGGGAAGCCGCGUGUGGCUGGUUUCAAUGGUGGUGGCCGGUGGGAAUAUCAAAAGAGAGAAGAUAGUUGGAAGGCUCUAAAGAGACCUUGCCAUUUUCAAGUUUUUCUUCCCUUUUACCUCUUUCCAUCUUCUCUAUCCAUUGGUAUGCUUCAUCCUCGUGGAAUAUAGCUAAUUCCUCCGUCUUUGAACUAGCUGAAUUCCGAGAAACAGCUUUAGAAGAAGAUGGCGAACUGUGAGAAUCCUUUGGUGGAGAAGAAUAUUCUCCUUUCAAUCAAGUCUUUCUUGAAUGUGAAUCGAUGGCCGAUGAGGAAUUAUGCGAACUCUAAUGCGAAGAGCGAUGAUAAGAAUGAUGAGAAGAACUCGAAGAGUGAUGUGAAGAGCGUUGCGAAUAAACAGUUCGCGAAUCCGUCUUCGAUCACGGAUGAGGCUUACUGUUCCUCGUUCGGUCGCCAGAUUUUCUGUGAUGCCUCCGCUCUUCUGAGUGCUCUGGACUCGCUGACCUUCGUGUGUGAUGAAGAUGAGAUUCGCGAUGCGAUGCUGUGACGCAUGCGAUCUGUUCCGCGAGCGACUCUGGACUUUAUUUUCCAACCUUGCGAUGUCCGUCUUUAUGAGUGCCAAGGUCGUUGCCAUAGUCGCCAUUGUUGCCGAUGUUUCUUUUUGUUUUCUUUCCAGGUCAUUAAUUCUUCCUUCCAUUUUGCGCACGUGUAUCUCAACCAGCGAUCGAAGUCUCUGAUAUCAAUGAUAGAGAACUCCUAGAAUCCAGAACAAUUACAGAAAGGGAUCAAGAAAUCAAACUGAACAUCAUUAGAGAAGAUGAACAGUAAUAGUAACAAAUGGCACCCCCAGAUGAGCCGAAGCCCCCCUAAAAAAAAGAAACAAGCUCUAACUUCCCAGUCUAAGACAAAGUCUAAACACUUUUAAGGACCAAUGGCAGCAUCAGUACUGGCAUAGCCUUUUUCCCACAUUGCAGUCCCUUUUUCCCUUUAAAUAAACAUAAAAACGUGGGUGACUGGUUGGGAUACUUGAGACCUAUUUAAUUAAUAUUUUCUCUUUCAUUCAUCUUUUUCUUGAAGAUUGUUUUAUGACCGCUGCAAUUUUGUAUCACUAGAGAUAUGACAAAAAGGUCAUCUUAUUUGAAUGUUAAUAUGUAUUUUUAUGUUAUAUUUUUGUGAAU